UAUUAUUUGUACGUGGUGUACGAUAUGUUUUCCCGGCGGCAAGCCAAGCACUGCUUGUCGCCAAGAGUGUAUCCUCAGUUCCGGGCCGAGCCCAAUAAAGGAGAGACGUGUGUCUCUGUGUCUCGCUCCCCUGCCUAGCUAUCUUGCAACAUUCACCAAUAAAAACACUAUAUCUAUAAUAACAGGGAGAUGGACAGAACAGAGGUGAGAAGAAAGUACGGAUGAAAGCACUUACAGAACGGAGAGGUGGGCAGAACAAUGGUGAGGUGAAAAUAACGAAGGUGUAAGUGGAAUCUUUGGGUGAGAGCAACGCCCAACAAGGCAAGCAUUUACGCAAAGGUACAACUCAGUCUGGCUGCACCAUGAGACUACCUGUCGUUCUCUGCUUCGCUCUGGCCUUAGGUGGAAUCUUCUUUCUCUGCAAGAUGAUGCUGAUGACAGUGACGGUGAUGUUGGCGGUGGCGGCGGCUGCUGCGACAGAGAAUCCUCAUAUAUCACCAGCGCUGGUGGUGGUAAAACAGGGCUCUAUCCUGGGCUCGCGAGUGAAGACCAGCAACGGCUUCGUGUACUACACAUUCAGUACCAUCCCCUACGCCAGGCCACCCGUCGGGCACCUUCGCUUUCAGGAUCCCAAACCGGCCCCUGCCUGGAGUGGGGUUAGGAACGGUUCGCUCCCCUUCCCCAAGUGUCCCCAAUCUACAAUCUUCAAAGUGAAAAACUACGAUGUUGAUGGUCAGGAAGACUGUCUGUACCUCAACGUCUUUACACCAAGGCCGUACAGGUCAAACCUUCCUGUCAUGGUGUUCAUUCACGGGGGUGCUUUGGUCGCUGGAUCAGCCUUGGGUCCCGUUCCCCCAAUGCUACCAGUACCGCUACUGGAGAAAGACGUGGUGGUAGUUACUAUGAACUACCGCCUGGGUGCCCUUGGCUUCCUUUCAACGGGAGACGGUGUUCUGCCUGGUAACUUGGGCUUCAAGGAUCAGACUUUGGCACUCCGCUGGGUGCAGGACAACAUUGGAAACCUGGGCGGCGAUCCUAAGAAAGUCACCAUCUUCGGUGUUAGCGCUGGGGCAUUCUCAUGCCACGCCCACACACUCUCUCCAAGCUCAGCAGGGCUGUUCCAGCGAGCUAUCCUGCAGUCAGGCACUGCUCUUCUGUCAGCCCAAUUCGGUCCACCCCAGAAGGGUGCCAUCGCCAUUAGCAAGGCAUUGAACUGCAAGGGCGAAGAGAGUCACCAGCUCUUGGCGUGUUUUAAAGCAGCAUCUGUUGAGGACUUGGUGGAAGCUCAGAGUACCUUAAGUGAGUGGUAUGAUAUACCUCUGACCGUGGGUGCCCAAGUCGAUGGAACUUUCCUGCCAGAUUUCCCCGCCGCGCUGCUCAAGUCUGGUCGCUACAACAAGGUGGAUUUGAUGGUUGGAUGGACGAGAGACGAUGGUGACUUCAUUACUGCAGGUUUGUUCAGUAAGAAAGGCGAAGCAGCGUUGAAAGAACUAAAUGAGAACUUCCAAAAGGUGGGACCAGUCAUGCUAAGAUUAAGUGAACACAAAAAAUCUGCCUAUUUAACUCGGCGAGUGUUUCACUAUUACAUGAGCAACAUCAACAUAACGCUGGACGUCGAACCUGCUUUAACGAGCCUUGUGACAGACUUUGCCUACGGGAUGUCCGCCCUACAAUCUGCUGAGUUACACGGCAAAAAACCUCAUAGCAAGACCUUCGCAUACAGGCUUGACCACUACCUCGAGAAGUCCCAGCAUACAUUGCUGACAAAUUCUUACAUCCAGAGAAAACUGGCGGGACACGGUGACGAUAACAGAUAUCUCUUCAACUUCCCUCCGCCGUUGGGCCCUCUGACCCGUCCACAGGAUCUCCACGUUCGUGAUAUCAUGGUGACCCUUUGGACAAACUUUGCACACACAGGGAACCCGACUGUCAACGGCACACUGGGCUUCAGAUGGACACCCGUUUCACCCAAGAAGCCUGUCAAAUUUCUGUCCAUCACCACCAACCCAACCAUGCAGUGUAUCGAUGAACAGAAGCGAGACUUCUGGAAUUCCCUACCAACCGAGAACAGUAAGAUCCUCUAUCCCGAGCAUUUUCUUCUGGACUCGUGUGCACCUGCUGAAACCCUGAACCCCACUUCACUCGCUGCUAUGGGAACAUGCAAUGCAUUUGAGUUCCUAUGUAAUAACUAAUUAUAUUUUACUUAGUUUUUUUUUUUUUUCUUUUUUCAUCACUCAUCAUUAUUUUCAGCAGAGAUAAAAAAGAAUAUAGCAUUUUGCAGUCUAUAUAAGUGCUGACAGCAUCAUAAUUAAACUUUGUUAAAUAAAGCAAAAUCCUGAUGUAUUUCACUGUGUGCGCAGCUGUGGAGAAAGAUACAGAAGACGAUGCUAAGCUACAUGACUGUAAAGUAAAUGUUUGAACACUCUUAUUCAAAUACCAGUAAUAAUAACAUUCUUGUUAGACUGAAAACCCACGCAGUAAUGACUGACUGACUUAAAACUUAGACUUAGUAGUCUGGGGUAAAAGAAAACUAUUAAGCAGCUAAUAUGUCAAUGCAGAAAACAUAGGAAAUGUUAUUCAUUAGGGAUUUCGACCCGAAAAAGCACAGAAGUGGACUUAUUUGUAAUACAUAUAUAUUUUUUCAGGCUAGUUUACUUGUUUCGUGGAAAUAAUGUUUGAGGCAAAUUUAAAAUCACAAGGCAAUUUCUCUUCUAGAUUUAAAUGCAAUUGUAUAAUAUUUGUUUCACAGUUAUGCUAAGUAAAACUAAGAAUCAUUCUUCCAUCCUAAUUCUACAUGAAGGAAUUUAAGAGGAAAAUCUCAUUCAAUUUUAGUUUUAUAAACACGUGCUAUAAAUAUUAUAGAAAUUAAAUUGCCAUUAAUUUUGUCUGUUUUUGUGCGACACCGUGCAACACUGUAAGUGGCUGUUGUUGUUCACAGCAAACAACAUUUGCUAUUAUUAACCAUGUAUACUGAGAUCAGCUUGCAUGCAGUAUGACUGAAAACAGUAUUCAUGUCAAUCCAUUACAUUCACCAACAUGCCUCUUUUCUGUCUAAGAAUAGCAAAGUAAAAAAAAAUAAAUAAAUAAAAAAAAGU